AUGGCUGUUUCCGACCAAAACGAGAGCAUUCCUGCAGAAAACGAGAGCAAAUAUGACCGAAGAAACAGAGAACUCAGAGCAUUUGAUGAAACAAAAGCCGGUGUUAAGGGACUAGUAGAUGCUGGUAUCGAAAAAGUCUCAUCCAUCUUCAACUGCACGGAAUUCGGCUUCAAUGCUGACCCGAAUGCAACACCAGACGGACCAGGAUUCAGCAUUCCCAUCGUAGACCUUGAUGGCAUCCAUACAGACCCUGCUCGGCGCUCCGAGAUAGUUCGCCAAGUCCAGGAUGCAUCUGAGGGAUGGGGAUUCUUCAAGGUCAUCAAUCAUGGGAUCCCCUCAAGUGUUCUGGAGGAGACCAUCGAUGGGAUCCGCCGGUUCCAUGAGCAGGAUACAGAGGUGAAGAAGCGGUUCAACACAAGGGACCUGAGAAGUAAGGUUAUUUACAUGUCAAACUUCGAUCUGUAUGAGGCACUGGCUUUGAUUGGACCUGAUCACUGGUUUUCAGUUGAGGGAGCUCUCUGGAAAACGAUUACAGAUAUGAAAUAG